AUGGCACUCGACGGUAAAGCAAUUAAGGAAGAGAUACCAGAUAAAGACACAUACGAGACGAGUGCUCGUAAAUUGAAAGCCGCAGGCAAGGAACAAUGCCGCACACCGGACUCACCGGAGGGGGCACGGGUGGUGGCACCCCGGUCACCCAUCUCGCCGCAGAUCUCGCAACAUCACAGCACGCUGGUACCGCCAAGAUCGGCCUCAUCACAAGUCAAUCGCCACGGGAGCUCAUCGCCAACCGGCACUGUCAAUGGCAGCGGCGGUAGUCUCGGCAGCCUGACGCCACCGCCGGCCAUCACGCCCGCCUCGGCGGCCGCCGUUGCUGCAGCGGCAGCUGCUGCCGCCGCCCAGCAGGACACCGCCAAGCUGCUGAAGAUCCGCCGGUUCCUCGGUGCGCUCGUUCAGUUCGGGCAGGAUGCUAACGUCGACACCGGUGACCGGGUGCGCUCUUUGGUUCUCUCACUGGCGAGCGGUGCCAUCACAGUGGACGAGUUUCAACUAGCCGUGCAGGAGGCGACGAAUUUUCCCUUACGGACCAACGUCGUGCCGUUCCUAAAGUCGCACGUUCCGGUACUGCAGCGAGAGAUCAACAUUCUUGCACGAUCAAACAAGCAGACAUCUGCCCAGUACGUAAGAUCCAACGAGAGCAGCGUUAUGGAGUACGUGCAGAACUUAGCCGAAACGGCCGAAAUAUUCUUGCCACACGAGGGAACGUUCGCUUCCUCGGUGACAGCUGCCGCUGCGGCCGCGGCAGCCGCAGCAGCUGCCGUUGCAAGUGGUGCCGCCUCCGGUGGACCUGCUGCCGGUGCAACCGUAAAUGGGUUGGGACUGAAACGACGAGCUUCUGACAACUUAUACGACACACAUUCGUCGGGACCGCCGGAAUGGAGUGAUUACGUGCUGCCGCCAACCAAACGUCCCCAUCCGUCGCUAUUGUUGGCCACCGGCGCAUCCCAACUGUAUCCCGGCCAUCCAGCGCUCUUCGAAUAUCAAAACGGUGGCUUACAUCCACAUUCCGAUGGUUUGCAUUCCAUUCACCGAGACGAUCGGGAUUUAAGAGCUGCGUCUACCGAAUCUCAUCGACCACCUAGAAUUCCGCCUGGCGGUGGAAGCGGUGGAGGCGCUGGCGGUGGCAGUAGUGGCGGCAGCACCGGCAAUGGUACCGGUGGUAGCAACAGUAUAGGAGGAGGCUCGAUUGGUGGAGCAAGUGGGGAGGAGGAGUGGAAAAACAUUCACACAAUGCUGACCUGCAUUUCGGCAAUGGUGGAGAAGACGAAGCGGGCGAUCUCCAUACUGCAGCAGCGCGGUAUCGAUAACAGUCAUGCACGGGAUCAUCAGGACACCUCGAUGGCGGAUAUCAAGAGACAAACGGAGGAAAAGAUAUCCGAGUUCCGGCGCACCGCCGAAGAGUCUGUGAAUCAGGUCAAACGUCAAGCCGUUAUGGAGAUUCAGCGUGCCGUUGCGGCCGCGGAAGCAAGAACACUGGAGAUGAUCGCUCAGGAACGGUUAAAGAUGGAGAAGCUGUACGCGGACAUCCAUCGCAACAGUGCCGAUGACACAGAGCCACCCAUUUCGAGUGGUAGUCAGAAUGCUUGCUGGAACUGUGGACGAAAGGCAAACGAAACCUGUUCCGGCUGUAAUCUGGCACGAUACUGUGGAUCAUUCUGUCAGCACAAGGAUUGGGAUCAACACCACCAGGUUUGCGGUACAUCACGUGCGGAGAACAGCUUCCAAAAGCACACCCAGAGUUCCCGCACGUCUAUAGCAUCCCGUUCGACUACGCCCCAGCAGCAGAGCAACAGUACAUCGAACGGUACGGCUUCCGCCGCAAAAUGACGGACUAAACCGCUGAAACCUAAGAAAAAGUAUCUGUGCUAGUCAAAUUACCGUAGUGUGUUGGAACUUCUGGCUAGGAAUGUUCCGGAAUGGUUGGUACACGCUGAGAAGCAUCGUGCAUCGCACGACUCUGACCCCUCUCGUCAUCAUCUGUUUCGAUAUCUUUAUCGCUCGUCUUAGUCGGAUAGGCCGGUAGAAGUGUUUCAGUAAUUUUUAAAGUAGAGAUAUGAUACGAUCUUUUACGAUACACCCAGCAAGUGUGCGUCGGUCGGAAUGGAUCGAUAGCGCUUAGUUUCUAUUGUUUAACCUGUAGCUAAAGUUAGUUCAAUACCUAAGUUCAAUACACACAGUGCAAUAUGAUGUAUCUCUUUUGUCUUUUUGUCUUACGAUACGAUAGCAUGAUAGGGAAGGUUUAGGGAUAGCAAACAGCCAAAAGUAAAGUUUAUUACUAAAACCCAAAGUAGAUGUUGACCAAAAUAAUUAUUAAAACUAGCCGUAGCUAUUGUAAGCAAACGGAAGAAGGUGGGCGUAAAAUUACUACAUAAAAGCACACCUAAGCUCACUCACAUAGCAGUAGAUCUACACACCGAAUGACACAAUUCUCUGAAUGCACUGAAAACUGCACAACUGAUCGUUUUUUGUGUACGCACUACUCCUUACAAAUACGAUAUCAAACGUCUAACGUCGUAAAUCUUGGAUAGAAAUAAAGGUUCUUGCGAUCGUGCGAAUCUUAACAUUCAUUUCUCACAUGACACGUUCUAGAAGAUCUUGAUGAUCGUGGAACAGAAAGCGGAGGUUUGAAACUUUUCAGUUUCUUGUGUGAACAAUGAAUUUAAACCCACCAAUUGAAAAUGUUUGUGAACUCAUCAUUACCCUUUGCUUGAAAUUUAUUGCCGAAUCAAGAUCAACUACGAUACAGUCUUGUAAAUAUUCGAUUGUUAACUAAUUUAUUUAUGCAACCAUUAGCUUAAUUGUUUAGUACUACCGUCACCCACUUAUCUUUUCUUUUUCACUAGUACACAUCUGCAAAAGGAUUCUACUGUAGAAGUAAAAGAUCUGGCUAACGAUAUGUUUUAAACUUAGUCAAGCGCGUUUAAAUUAAGAUUGUGAAGCUAAACGAAACAGGAAUAAAGGACGUGAUUUAAUCACCUAGAUGCGUUAUUUGGUUAGCAUUUCUUUCCAGCUCUGCUAUUGAUGCUACAGUUUGUUGAUGUAUGGUAGAAGAAGGAAAGGGCAAGUGAAAUGGCAGAAGGGCCGUAAAUUAGCACGCACUAGAUAUAAACCAUUCAGUACUGUAAAUAGCAACUUUCUGUACAACUUAUCGCAACCUCUUUAUCACUUCGAGUCGUAUGAUACGAUGUAAAAUUAAACAAAUAAUGAAGAAAUAAACCAAAA